CAAACAAGGGAGGAAGCAGCAAGACGAUGGCAGACAGGAUGGAAUAUCAACGAGAAUGCAAGUCUAUCUGUCUGCUUGGAAGGAGACAGAGAGGGGGCAAGCGUGGGCGCGGAUCAGCCAAUCAGGGCACGCUCGGGCCAGGCUACGCGCCCCGCGGGCCCAAAGGGUUGUUUAUCCCGUCCCGGACCCAUGCCAGCCAGGCCAGCAGCAGUACAAAUCUUCGUGCCUCCAUCAACACCCACAACACACCACACACCCCUCCACUCCCCCCAAUUCGCCUGCCACCCGCGAAUUAGUUCUUCUCCGAUCCGCCCGCCCAUCCAUCUACAUCCCCAAUUCCUACGACACCAUGAGAGAGGUUAUUAGUUUGAACGUCGGCCAGGCUGGUUGCCAGAUUGCGAAUUCCUGCUGGGAGCUCUACUGCCUCGAGCACGGCAUCCAGCCCGAUGGUUACUUGACUGAGGAGCGCAAAGCUGCUGAUGACGACCACGGUUUCAGCACUUUCUUCUCCGAGACUGGCCAGGGCAAGUACGUUCCCCGUACCAUCUACUGCGAUCUCGAGCCCAAUGUCGUCGACGAGGUCCGCACCGGCACCUACCGCUCCCUUUUCCACCCCGAGCACAUGAUCACCGGAAAGGAGGAUGCGUCCAACAACUAUGCUCGUGGCCACUACACCGUGGGUAAGGAGCUCAUCGACCAGGUGCUCGACAAGGUCCGCCGCGUUGCAGACAACUGCUCGGGUCUUCAAGGUUUCCUCGUCUUCCACUCUUUCGGCGGUGGAACCGGUUCUGGUUUCGGUGCGUUGUUGAUGGAGCGUCUGUCCGUGGACUAUGGCAAGAAGUGCAAGCUCGAGUUCUGUGUCUACCCUGCACCCCAGGUGGCCACGUCGGUUGUCGAACCUUACAACUCUAUCCUCACCACCCACACCACUCUGGAGCACUCCGACUGCAGCUUCAUGGUCGACAACGAGGCCAUCUACGGCAUCUGCCGAAGGAACUUGGGUAUCGAGCGCCCCAACUUUGAGAACCUGAACCGUCUCAUUGCUCAGGUCGUUUCGUCCAUCACUGCCUCGCUCCGCUUCGACGGCUCCCUGAACGUCGAUCUCAACGAGUUCCAGACUAACUUGGUGCCCUACCCCCGUAUCCAUUUCCCUCUCGUUGCCUACUCGCCCGUCAUCUCCACUGCCAAGGCUUCCCACGAGGCCAACUCGGUCAUGGAGAUCACCAACUCUUGCUUCGAGCCCGACAACCAGAUGGUCAAGUGCGACCCCCGCAACGGAAAGUACAUGGCUACUUGCUUGUUGUACCGCGGCGAUGUGGUUCCCAAGGACACCCACGUUGCUAUUGCCCAGCUCAAGACCAAGCGCACCAUCCAGUUUGUUGACUGGUGCCCUACCGGAUUCAAGCUCGGUAUCUGCUACCAGCCCCCAGAGACCGUGCCCAACGGCGACUUGGCCAAGGUCAACCGUGCCGUCUGCAUGCUUUCCAACACCACUGCCAUCGCCGAGGCCUGGUCCGCUUUGUCACACAAGUUCGAUCUCAUGUACUCCAAGCGUGCUUUCGUUCACUGGUAUGUUGGUGAGGGUAUGGAGGAAGGCGAGUUCUCCGAGGCCCGUGAGGAUCUCGCUGCUCUUGAGCGUGACUACGAGGAGGUCGCCGCCGAUAGUCUCGAGGGUGAGGAGGGUGUGGAUGCUGAGUACUAG